GGAAGCGGCAAAGAGAGAGACACACACACAGAGAGAGAGAGAGAGAGAGAGAGAGAGAGAGAGAGCAGUGCAGCGGCAGCAGCAGCAGCUCGUGCACUCGGCGGAAGAGCAACACGACGAGAAGUCACCGAGAAACUAAACAAGCAGAAACCCCACGGAACUCUGAGCUGCUCCACUCGAGCCACAGCAGCACGAGCAGCAGCGCGAGCAGCAACAGCAACGACACGCGAAGGCUCGGGCUCGGACACCUGCUGUCGGUCGCUCGGUCGCUCGCUGAAAGUGAAGAGGAACCACAGCCCGGUGCCCGGCAGGUGUCAGCGGGAGGAUGGCGGACUCGGCGGCGGCGGCGGCGGCCAACAGCGACGGGGAGGACGGACCCCAGCAGCCGCGGGGCUUCGCGCGCCAGGGAGCCCUCCGCCAGAAGAACGUGCACGAGGUGAAGGACCACAAAUUCAUCGCGCGCUUCUUCAAGCAGCCCACGUUCUGCAGCCACUGCACGGACUUCAUCUGGGGGUUUGGCAAGCAGGGAUUCCAGUGUCAGGUGUGUUGUUUCGUGGUCCACAAGCGCUGCCAUGAGUUUGUCACCUUCUCCUGUCCAGGAGCUGAUAAAGGACCUGACUCAGAUGACCCGAGGGCGAAGCACAAGUUUAAGAUCCACACCUACUCCAGCCCGACCUUCUGUGACCACUGUGGCUCUCUGCUCUACGGCCUCUUACAUCAGGGCAUGAGAUGUGACCAUUGCAUGAUGAACAUCCAUAAGCGAUGUGUGGCCAAUGUGCCGAGCCUGUGUGGGACAGACCACACUGAGAGGAGAGGUCGCAUCCAGAUCACCGCUGAGGUCAAGACUAAUGUACUCACUGUUACCAUCCAAGAGGCAAGGAAUCUGGUUCCCAUGGACCCCAACGGUCUCUCGGACCCGUACGUGAAGCUCAAACUGAUUCCAGACCCCCGCAGCGAGAGUAAACAGAAGACCAAGACCAUAAAGUGCUGCCUGAACCCCACCUGGAAUGAGACCUUUAAAUUCCACCUGAAGGAGUACGAUAAGGACCGCCGUCUGUCGGUGGAGAUAUGGGACUGGGACCUGACCAGUCGCAACGACUUCAUGGGAUCGCUGUCCUUCGGCAUCUCGGAGCUCCAGAAGCUAGGAGUGGAUGGAUGGUUCAAGUUGCUCUCCCAGGAAGAGGGCGAGUACUUCAACGUCCCCGUCCCUCCGGAGGGGGAGGAGGGCAACGAGGAGCUCCGGCAGAAAUUCGAGAGAGCUAAGAUUGGUCCAGGCAAGAACAUAGAGGGCAAGGCGGCCAAUGCUGCGUCCCGCUUCGACUCCAAUGGCAACAAGGAUCGUGUGAAGCUGGCUGACUUCAACUUCCUGAUGGUGCUGGGAAAGGGCAGCUUCGGCAAGGUGAUGUUGGCGGAACGUAAGGGGACGGAGGAGCUGUACGCUGUGAAGAUCCUGAAGAAGGAUGUGGUGAUCCAGGAUGAUGAUGUGGAGUGCACCAUGGUGGAGAAGAGAGUGUUAGCGCUGUCUUCAAAACCCCCGUUCUUAACACAGCUGCACUCCACCUUCCAGACUAUGGACCGUUUGUAUUUUGUCAUGGAGUACAUAAACGGUGGAGAUCUCAUGUAUCAGAUUCAGCAGGUUGGCAAGUUCAAAGAGCCACAUGCUGUAUUCUAUGCUGCGGAAAUAGGCAUCGGACUGUUCUUCCUUCAUGUAAAGGGAAUCAUCUACAGAGAUCUGAAGCUGGACAAUGUGAUGCUGGACUGCGAGGGCCACAUUAAGAUCGCUGACUUCGGCAUGUGUAAAGAGAAUAUGAACGAUGGAGUCACCACCAAGACCUUCUGUGGAACCCCCGACUAUAUAGCUCCCGAGAUCAUAGCCUACCAACCUUAUGGUAGAUCUGUGGACUGGUGGGCCUUUGGUGUGCUGCUGUAUGAGAUGCUCGCUGGGCAGCCUCCAUUUGACGGCGAGGAUGAGGAUGAGUUAUUUCAGUCAAUCAUGGAGCAUCAUGUCUCCUAUCCAAAGUCGAUGUCCAAGGAAGCUGUCGCCAUCUGUAAAGGGCUGAUGACGAAGCAUCCAGCGAAGCGGCUCGGCUGCGGUCCGGAGGGCGAGCGCGACAUCAGGGAGCACAGCUUCUUCCGCUACAUGGACUGGGAGAAGCUGGAGAACAAGGAGGUGCAGCCGCCAUUCAAACCCCGAGCUUGCGGACGGGAAGCUGAGAACUUUGACCGUUUUUUCACGCGCCACCCGCCCGUGCUGACCCCUCCCGACGCGGAAGUGAUUGAGAACCUGGACCAGGACGAGUUCCAGGGAUUCUCCUUUAUCAACACGGUGUUCCCAGCAGCUGCUGUCACCCCCACUGCUGCUGAGAAGGCUUGAUUUCAGCUCAUGCACAGACACAUGGACACACUCACACAAACACACAAAACCAUUCCUGUACACACAUACACGCUCACAUAUAUACUUACAUAAUAUAUCUUAGAAGUUGUUUGUGUUGUCACAAUCACCAAGAAGCCACGACCUAAACCCCCCACAACACACAACACACAACACACACACACACACAUGCUUUAACCGACAAACACUCACACAUACACUUGUUGUUCACACUGUUGCAACCUGGUUCUACUGGAAUGUUUUUGCAGCUAUGAAACUAAAUGUAGAAAUUUGGGUUCUUGUGAAAAUUAUAUCUCAAGAACAUCCUGAGGGAAUUUGGUACAAAUGUUCAUUUGGAUGCAAGGAUGAAGUGGUUAGAUUUUUGAGGUCAAAGGUCACGGUGACCUCAUAGGUGUCUGGGAACAAAAUAUAUGUCUAAUACUGCACUGAUUGGCGGAGGCAUAAAACCUCAGGCUUGUAAUUUACAUUUCAUGCUUCCACCUGAUCAAAAUGUUACAAUGAGCUGGUUUUAUUUGCGCUGAACUUUCUCAAAGAGAUGCUUCUACUGCUGAAACCCAGUGUGUAUAAAACUGUACAUGAAACUCAAGAACAUCUGAGGUAAAUGAGAAGACUCAAGUUUUCAGCCGGUUGUGUUUACGGUGUGAACAAAGUGUUUGUGUGUAUUUCACCGAACACAACUCGAAUCAGUGUUAUGAGAUUGACGGCGACCAUAUAAAAGUUCAUUAAAUGUCAAAUUUACCGUGAGGGACAAAGAUGUCUGGGUAAUAAAAGCAGCAUUGUAAAAAUGCAUAAUUAAAAAGAAUAAAAUAGACAAAAAACACAGUAAGAACGACAUAGAUUUAAACAAGUCAUGAUUCCUCCCGCAAACACAAAUACUCAACUGCAUAAUUUUACAUGUUAUAUAGUUUCAUCUUUAACUUCUUUUUUUCAUUCCUGGGCUCUUCCGAGGCAUUUUGAGUUAGGCCUGUUACUCUGCUCUGCUUUUUAUUCAAUGUAUAACAACAAUAAUUGUGUCUCUUUAUCCUUAACUUAGCUAAAACUGGAAUGCUUGACAUACUGUGCAUGAGUUUCUAUAUUAGUAAGAUAUAGUAACAGCCAAAGACUUUGUCUCCCAACCACAUUUUAGCAUCAUCUCUCGGCCCCUCGCUGAUCUUCUUCGUUGUUUUUGAAAUAAGUAUUAAAAGAAAACAUUGGGAUAUAAUUUUACCCAAAUGAGACAAACAAGGUGAGAUCAGAGUUGUGCGACGAAGGACAAAUAUAAACACAAAUAUCCGAUUGUCUGUUUGUGUGUUUUUCCAAAAUCAUGAUGGUAAAGUGCUGUUGGGAAGUUUGGUCUUUAUUCAGGCUCUGAGUUAAAUAGAAAAUAAAAACUUCUUACUCACAUUUUCUGUUAUCUAGUAUUUUAAGCAAUGAGAGACUAUAGCGUUAGUUUCUUUGUGUUCAAGCAUGAUUCCGAUACCUGGGCAUUCGUUUACCAUGUGUGUUUAUGUGAGAGCGUCACACUUCCUGUACGUGUCCGUACCACCAGCUCCUUGUGUUUACAUCUGUUUGUGUGGUGAAUGUCAGCACCCCCGCUGUCUAUCUACCAGUGUUACAAAGAUCCACUUCACUUCCAAGUGGCUUCAGAGAGAUUAGGAGGAAAAACAAUAAGAAUAUGAUAAACAUCUAUAUGUGUUUGAGUCAACACAACCACCUCGCCUCGAUGGGAAGGAGCGUUUCUAGAGGGAACCUCGGGCAAAAGAAUCAAACCAUAUCAGACGUUCUAGUCUUCAAUUAAACCUCUGAAAUGAUGAAGCUUUUGGCAGAAAGCUUGUGGCUUGAGGGUGUUUCCGACCGUGGUGUCGUUGCGGUUUCCUGUACAUAGCUGAUCACAGGAUAUUGUUGCUGUGGACUAACAUUAUAAGCUGUUCUCAGGGGCUGCCUCUCAGCUCGGGGGCCCCAGACAUUUACUUGCUUUGCCUCCCCCACCCCCCGCGUUGCAACAGCCCUGACCGCUGGUUUUUAUGAUGUGAAGGUGAGUUGAGCGCGCCGCCCUACUUUUCUGAUUUUGAUUUUUAGAUCAUGAGGGGGAAAAAGGAUUUGAGCUUCGACUCACGGUGUUGUUGUUUUUUUUAAUCGUAGCUUUCUGCAUCCGCAAUAAGAGUUUCCAUCCUGACCACAGCAGCCGUAAACGUGGACACUGGUUAACACUCGUCUUCUGCAGCAGGAAUGUGUCUGCGUUUUGUCUUUUUAUUUUCUUUAGCUAGCAAUAAUCUCGUUGACAGGGAGGAAGUGACGUAUUCGCAACUGGACACACUGUAGGACUGACUCAGGUUAUAGGAGUGUAACUGAUUCACAUACAAAGUCUAUGAGGUUAUGAAGCAUAUUCAUCUCAGCCAGAGACAGAAGUGCAGCUAAAAUUGUGUGAAAGUACCUGAUGUCCUUCAUAUCGUGCUCCUCUUCAUCACAGAGGGACAUCGGGGGAGGCUUUGAACUUUCAGGUCCACUGGUGUUUAUCAGUAGUAGUGGGAUGAAGUUUUCUACAUGUUUACAGCUGAAGACGUCUGUUUCGGUUAUUUCUAUGGCACAGUAGGAAUUAGAGGUGUUCAGGGGUCAGUUUAGUUCUGAGGACCCAGACUCAGAAUGUGCGUCAGACCAGAUCCUGCUCAGUUCUCAGAUCUGUGUCAGGAUUAAUCUACUCUGGUUUCUCUGACUUUAGAUUUGUUCAUUGGACCUUAUCGUUGUUCUGCACUUGUUCGUGAAAAGCAUUCGGUGUUGAUUCUCUCUCUCUGUGUUCGGGUGAACUACGUGUUGGAUCAGGUGCGACUGCGCUCGGGUCACAUUGGGGUCAGAUCUGUUUUUUCUUUCUCUCCGGACCUUCUCCUGAGUUUUCCUUUCACGCACGAACAACUCAGCAGGAGAUUCUCCGCUCAGACGAGCUCACGAGCUCGCAGUGAAUCUUGCGGAGGAUCUCCUGCUGUGUUCUCCCUCGAGCUGACGUUCUCCAGAUCAGGAGUUUUUACCGUCUGGCUGGCAGGAGAAACUCCGGAGAAAGUCCGGAGCCACUCACUCGUACAUCGGCUUUUUUCACUUAAACCCACAACGAAGAAUGUCUGUAGAUUAUCCAGAGUUCAGAGCUUGUCUGAAAGCAAAUGAGUCAAACUGACAGGAAUGGGAGUCACUAUCUCCACUAGUAUGAAGCUGACUGUUGUGAAAAUAAUAUAUCUACAUUAUAUCUAAAUUAAAAAAUAAAAUAAAGUAUUAUGAUUAUUUCACAAUAGAAAUGUUGGCAUUUUUAAAAGAAUUUUUUAGCUUUAUUACAAAAGCUAAAUAUGCUCACAUAUGAAUAUCUGAUAGAUAAAGUUCCAGUUUUCCAGACAGAUCACUUUCCAUCAGCUACAGUUUGGAGUAAAAACACAGAUCCAUAGAUUUCUGCUGUGAAUAUUUCCACAAGAGUCAAAUUGAUGUGGAUGAGAUUGUUCCUGUCUCUGAUCUCUAGUCUUAAACUUUGAACUGCGGACGAGUAAACGCAACCGUUGCAUUUGAACGACUUGACGACGUACAACUCAUUCCUUGUCCAUUAUAUUUGUGUCGGUGUUCAUUACAAUUCCCCCUGUGUUAUAAAAAAAUACCUAUAUCUAUAUACACAUAAACCUAUAAACUGUGUCAAAUGUUGAUAGAUACAUAUAAUAUACACUGUCAGUAUUAUAAAGAACUAGAGGAAUAGAAGUCUUACUCCAGGAUUUGUGCUUUUGUCUCUAUGACUCCUUCCUGCUGAGGGAGAAGCAAAAUGAAAUCUGCAUGACGACUGUUUUUGUUUGACCUUUUUACUAGUUAGGAUUUAUAUACACUUAACAUAUUAGGGUGAUACAUGUUUUCUGUGUCAGCGGGGCUUCGAAACUGUGAUGCGAGCCGAAAAUAAUGAAAUAUGUAAAAAAGGAUAAUUGCUUCUCUCAGUGCUUUCCAUGUGCCAUUUUUUGUUUUCCAGGAAAAAAACAGGUAUACCUAAAAAAAUAAAGGAUUUAAAAGAUCA